AUGAUUGAGGGAAUGGUGAAGGAUGGUGUUAUUGAACCUUCAUCUAGUCCAUGGUGUUCACCUGUGGUGCUGGUAAAGAAGAAGGACGGCAGCAUGCGGUUUUGUGUUGACUACCGCCGCCUGAACGACGUUACAAAAAAGGACAGCCUACAACAUGCACAGCAGGAAGAUUCGGACAUUAAACCGAUUCUGGAAUGGAUGAAGGCUAGUGCUCCUAAGCCCAAGUGGAGCGACGUCUCAGCUAUGAGUUCGACCACGAAAAGCUAUUGGGCCCAAUGGGACAGCUUGCUGAUUCAGGAUGGAGUCCUGUGCCGUAAAUGGGAAAAUGGUCGGGGAGACAGGUGUCAUUUGCAAAUGGUUGUCCCUAAGGCUAAAGUGCCGGAUGUUCUACAGCUGUACCAUAGUGAUUGUUCAGGAGGCCACCUGGGAGUUAAACGAACUCUCCUGAAGAUCCGAGAACGGUUUUACUGGGUCCACUGUCGUGACGAUGUCGAGGACUGGUGCCGCAAAUGUACAAGUUGUGCGGCUGUAAAGGGACCUCGAAUUCGCAGUAGAGGCGUAUUGAAAUUGUACAAUGUUGGUGCACCAUGGGAGAGGAUAGCCAUUGACGUUGCGGGGCCGUUUCCAGAAACUGAAAGUGGUAACAAGUAUUUCAUGGUUGUGAUGGAUUACUUCACUAAGUGGCCAGAAGUCUUCACCAUUUCAAAUCAAGAAGCUUCAACAGUUGCAGAUAAACUAGUUCAUGGAGUCUUCUGUCGUUUUGGAGUACCUUUAGAGAGAAUUACGGCUGCCUGCAGACCUGAUCACCGGAAUACCACCAGAUGCCCCACACAGUAUAACCGAUUAUGCAAAUGA